CUCUAUCCUCUAUGAUCCUCAUUUAUAUAUAUAUAUUGGUUUUCAGUUUCAGGAUUAAAGCAAACAUACAGUACUUCAUUACACUCUUUCGUCUCCUCUUCUGCUGUGUGUUGAGGCGUUUGAAGCACGCAACAAUGGCACCCAGAGGAAGACCCAGAAAGCGAUUAAGCCGAAUGGACGCGGCAACUGAUGCCAUGACAGCUUUUGGAUUUGAUGAACGGCUUGUUCAGAAAACAGUAAAACAACUUCUGAAGGAAUAUGGUGGAGAUGUUGGAUGGGCCUUUAUUGAGGAAUAUGGCUACAAAGAACUCAUUGAAGCUAUUCUUCGUGAUCAAGAGAGCAAUGAUGAAGACUCUACCAAACAAAAGGGUGUCUCCUCACAAGUGGAAAGAGCAGAAGACCCUGCUUUACAAAGCAUCCUUGGUCCCUCAGGCACACUCGUCGAUUCCACAGACAACAAAGCUGGUAUUACUGUCGGAGAAACGUCAUGCUCUGAGCUUGUCAAUGCACCAGCACCAAUAUAUGUAGAGCUAUGCAGAAACAAACAAGCCAUUUGCAGUACUGUAUUUUGCCCCCCACCAGUUGAAGGAGAUGGAAAUAGCUGGAAAGACGUAGUGGAAGGCCAAAUCUCUACCCAGAAGGAGAUGGUUAAUGCUGUUUGGUGUGAUGGUGGAAAUUCCAAGAAUCAAGUGCAAUCAGGGAGUAACUCUCAUGAUUUUGCUUCACCUCCAACUUCCUCCCCCUGCCCAGUUAAUUAUUUGAAAUUGUGUUCUGGGAGUCAUGUGCAAUUAGGGAAUAACUAUCCAACUGCUUCACUAUGCCCGGUUAAUCAUGUCGCCCGUCCUGUUGAUCAUCACCCUACAGCUCUUCCUUCCUCAAAGCAGGGUUUUUCCUCACUAGAUGAAAGAGCAGAAGACUCUGCUUUAUUAAGCACCACUUGUCCUUCAGGCGCUCUUAUUUCCACAAACAAUGAAUCUGGCAAUACUCUAGGAGAAACAGGAUGCUCUCAGCUUGCUGAUGCAGUAGAACCUAUACACGAAGAGCUUUGUGGCAACAAACAAGACAUUGGCAGUACCGAAGCAUUAUGUCUCCCACCAGCUGAAGGAGUUGAACAGAGGUGUAAAGACAUAGAGGAGGACCAAACCUACUAUAUCCAGAAGAGGCUGGCUAAUGUUUUUACCGGUGAUGGUGGAAAUUCUGGGGGUCGAGGCAGUAACGUACCUCCAACUUCAGUUAAUAGUGUGCCUACCCCUGCUGAUCAUAUCCCAACAACUCUUCCUUCCUCAAAGCGAGUUUGCCUUCGGCCACCAAGAAGGUCAUUUCCUUGUUAUGGCUGGAUUGAAAGUGACAGUGAAGAGGAUGCUGAUGACUUCAUACAAUUACAACCAAUGAAAUGCGUCGAGUUGUAGGGGCUUGCUUAUUUAGCCAAAAGACUUAACAAUCACCAUGCUUGCUGCUUCUUCCAUUUAGUUUCUCUUUUGGGUUAUCAUAAGUAAUAGACCAUACAUGAAACCCUAGAUGCUGCCUGUGAACUUCCACCAUGGAUGCCAGAGUUGUUCAUUUUCCUUGUGUAUAAUAUCUCUACAACCUAUUCAACCAACUGUAUCCAAUUCGAGAUUGGUUUUGCAAUUUAUUGCGCUUCACAAUUUGGUUUUAUUUUUCAGAAAAAAGGUUUAAAAUA